AGACCCAGAUCGAUGAGAUUGAAGUAAAGAACCGCCAUCGAGCUUUGAGGCAGCAUUUUAUUUUUUCUUCCACCCCUCCAUCCUCAUUACGCAUACCGAUCCCCCUACGUCUCUCCAAUUCGAGAAGAUGCCCAAAUCCUCACAGUGCGUAUCCCCCUUGUCCUCCCAGUGGAUGGCAUCUUUGACCAUUCUGUUGCUGCAGAUUGUGCCUUCUUCCUCGUACUCUUCCUCCUCUGCGUAUCAGAGACCUGCGGCUGGUGGGAAGCGACCGGGCUUCUUGGGAAGAACGCUGAUUCUUCUGGAUGUCAACACCCGCAGUCCGAUCAGAGUUCUCAACGACAACUUCCUCUCGUUACAGCUGGACCCUUCGAUCAUCAAAGACGGUUGGCUGGACUUUCUGAGCUCGAAGCGGCUCGUCACCUUGGCGCGCGGCCUGUCGCCUGCUUUUCUUCGCUUUGGCGGAAAGAGAACCGACUUCCUGCAGUUCAACAACCAGAAGAACCUCGCCAAGUUCCGAGGACCGGGGCCGGAUUAUUAUCUGAAGAACUACGAGGACGACAUAGUGCGCAGUGACAUUGCCCUGGACAAACAGAAGGGCUGCAAAGUUGCCAACCAUCCUGACAUAAUGUUGGAGCUGCAGAGGGAGAAAGCGGCGUCCAUGCAGCUCGUCCUGCUGAAAGAGCAGCUGUCCAACAUCUACAGUAACAUAACAAUAACAGCCAGGUCUUUAGACAAACUUUACAACUUUGCCGACUGCGCCGGUCUGCACCUGAUCCUGGGUCUCAACGCGCUGCACAGAAACCCUGACAACUCCUGGAACACCACCUCCACGCUCAGCCUCCUCAAAUACAGCGCUGGCAAGAAGUACAACAUGUCCUGGGAGCUGGGCAAUGAGCCCAACGCCUACCGCAGCAUGAAGGGCCGUGCAGUCAACAGCACACAGCUGGCACAAGACUACACCAAAUUACGAAACUUGCUGCAGUCUGUGCGGUAUUACCAUCGAGCCCACCUCUUUGGCCCCAACGCAGGGCGACCCCGGAAGAAUGCCAUCCUGCUGCUGGACGGGUUCAUGAAGAAUGCUGGCUCUGUUGUGGAUGCAGUUACGUGGCAACAUUAUUUUGUAGAUGGAAGAGUGAAGAAAGCUGAGGAUUUCCUAAAAACCCGCCUUUUGGACACGCUAACAGUCCAGAUUAAUAAAGUCACGCAGGUGGUAAACACACACUCUCCGGGUAAGAAAGUGUGGCUGGGUGGACUGGGGCCAGCAUGGUCAGGAGGCAUUAAUAAUCUCUCUAACACAUUUGCAGCCAGCUUUCUCUGGAUGAACACACUGGGUGUUGCUGCUGUGCAGGGUGUUGAUGUUGUUUUGCGUCACUCAUUCUUUGACUAUGGCUACUCUCACCUCGUGGACCAGCAUUUUAACCCUUUACCAGAUUAUUGGUUUUCUCUGGUCUUCAAGCAGCUGGUUGGUCCAAAGGUUUUAGCUGUCCGUGUGGCUGGUCUGCAGAGGAAGCCGCAACCAGGACGAGUCAUACGCGACAAGCUACGGAUCUACGCCCAUUGCACCAGCUACCACAAUCACAACUAUGUGAGGGGGUCUAUAACAAUUUACAUCAUCAACUUGCAUCGGUCGAGAAAGAAAAUCAAGUUGGCCGGGACGUUACGGAACAAAACGGUGCAUCAGUACCUUCUGCAGCCCUACGGUCCAGAUGGGCUCCGGGCCAGACACGUCCAGCUGAACGGCGUGAAGCUCCACAUGCAGGACGAUGAGACUUUCCCAGAACUGAAGCCUAAGACUCUGAGGGCCGGACGAACAAUAGCAAUGCCUCCUUUGACCAUAGGCUUUUAUGUCAUUAAAAACAUCAACGCAUAUGCUUGUCGAAGAUAGCGGCAGCCUUCUGUUCUUGAUGUAUGGAUUCUCCACCAUCUCGACUGGAAACUUAAAAGACGGCAGGACAAUUCAGGGAACGCCUUUCCGAAGAACGCAAAUCCAGAAAGACAGUUGGAUAAAUACCAGCCUGUUGCAAAACACAGAUAUAUCUGCCAUGAUGGGAAUGUUUAAAUAAGUUCACCUCGUAAAAAAAAGAAGCCCUGGCUUUCUUGUUCUUCCCCGUACCAACAAAAACAUGUAUGGCGUUAAAAUGAAGGCCUUAUUUUAUUUUCACCGCAGUUCCUCGAACUCAACCAGACACGAGGGCAGGAAUUGUUAUGAGACUUUUGUGUUUCCAGCAUCCAGAAAAAAAUAAAAAUAACAAUUUUUAACACGGUUCGGACAAUCUUUGGGAAGGAUUUUCAUUGGUUUGCUCCUGUGUGUUUUUGUGUGCAUGUGCUGUGUCGAUGAAGCUACUGAUGUUUUGGUUUGACAUGUCACUGAAUGAAAUAUUUUCCUCCUUUGCUGUUUGAAAAAGCUUGUAAAGCUCUUCUUGCUUGUGCCGGAGCGCUUUUGUGUUGUUUUGACGGUUAUCUGCAGAACAUUGCAGCCUGUGUGUCGUGAUAUACUUGUGCUGCAAUAAGAACAAACUGCAGGAGUACAAUGUGAACCCAUCUAUGACACCCCUCCACUAGAAAACCGGGGUCUGUGUUUAUGAUCAAAAACUUCUAAAAUCCCCAUGUUCAGGUGUCUCUCUGUGGUUUUAGAUUUUAUAUCAUUAUGAUGCUGCUAGGUCUUUUGUAAAAAGAAACAUUUUUACAUUUUGGUUUUGUACAGAUUUACUGUUAAGUAUUUAGCUAAUGUAAAUAAAAUAUUUAAGUUUGCUAAGUUACAUUCAGUAUACAUUUAAUUUAUAUAAGAAAAUACUUUAUACUCUUAUGAUAAACUAAUAUUAUUAGUAUUCUUAAAUGAAAUUGUAAGAAUGUAUUUUUAAUGGGACAACUAAAAUAAAAAUUUUAUUUCAAAAUAUUUUGACUUUCUCAUUUAAGAGAACUUUUUUUUUUUACUCUCAAACCACAGCUUGCUCACUUCUUUGGGCUGAACUCAAACGUUGUGAAGGAUGACAUGAUAUAUACAGAGGAUUUGCCUUUGAAUGUUGUUUUUUUUAACUUAAUAUUGCGGGUGUUCAUAAUUUUUUAGAGAGCAUUAUUUUAAUAUGUAAAGUCUGUAAUGUUUUUAAAAAGGUUUAGAUUGAUAUAAAAUAUUUACAAAUA